AUGUCUAGACCUACCACCGAGUCCAAAAGAGCAGAGAAUGGUAGAAGUGAAACAUCAGAAUCAAAGUCUAAAGAAAGAGGUCCAAAUGAGCAGCAACCUUUUACAGACGAUCGUGACUUUGUCCCCUUGAAUAACGACACUAUAGUUGAAGAGGAGGAUCCAUCAGAUGAAGGCAACGAAAAUGGCGAGUUUCAAUUUGACUUCAAUAACAAGCGAAUCAUUCUUCAGAAGUUUACCAUAUAUAACUCCAAGUCAGCUAUGUACAUAGUGGGAAGUAAUGCUAAGGAGACAUUAUUCCGAAUCUUGGAGAUUAACAUCAAUCCAUCAGAUCAGACACAACUUGACAUAAUAGAGGAUAAGAACUACUUCUACACUCGCAAGGAUAUGGUAGAGUUAAUUGCAGGACUAAACGAAUCAAUUGAAGGCGGCAUCCACCGUAUAGCUCAAGCAUUUGGUUUAUUAGGUUUCAUACGAUUCACCAAAUGUUACUACCUUUGUUUAGUUACGAAAUGCAGUCAAGUUGCUGUUAUUGGUGGUAGGUACAUAUAUCAUAUCGAUGAAACGAAGCUCAUUCCUCUUGAUAUUUCAUAUAAAGGACCAGGAAAGUACAGUGACGAAGAGAAACUUUUGGGCAUCUUUAAAUAUUUGGAUUUGGGAAGAACUUUUUAUUUCAGUUAUUCGUACGAUAUAACAAAUACUUUGCAAACAAAUUUCAUACGACAUAAAAAAAUGGCUUCGAAAAACCAAUAUCCCCUUAAACCGGAAUUGUCCAAGCGACCAAUAUUGCAUGAAGGGUUUGAUUCCUUAAAUAGAAAUGAAAGAUUUGUGUGGAAUAAUGUGCUAUUGGAGCCGGUCCUUUCUUGUCCGGAGGUGGCAUCUUAUGAAUGGUUUCAAUCUAUAAUUCAUGGGUUUAUAGAUCAAGCAAAGGUAUCCUUCUAUGGUCGAAUGAUAUAUAUUACAAUAAUUGCAAGACGAUCACGUCAUUUCGCUGGGGCAAGAUUCUUGAAGAGAGGUGUAAAUGAUAAAGGAAACGUUGCUAAUGAAGUUGAAACUGAACAAAUUGUGUCAGACAUGCUUGUGUCAUCAUUUCACGAUCCCAAAUAUGGUUUUUUCAAUAAUCCUAGGUUUACAAGUUUUGUUCAACAUCGUGGUUCUAUUCCUCUUUAUUGGACCCAAGAUUUGAACAAGUUGCCCAAACCCCCAAUUGAAGUCAACUUAUCAGAUCCGUAUUAUCAAAGUUCUGCAAUUCAUUUUAACAACCUCUUCAAAAGAUACGGACUGCCCAUAAUAAUAUUGAAUUUGAUUAAAACAAAAGAAAGACAGCCAAGAGAGCUGAAACUAAACCAGCAUUUUAAAGAUUGUGUUACUUACCUUAAUAAAUUUUUGCCAAAAGCCAAGAAGCUACAAUUUAUUGGCUUCGACAUGUCAAAGAAUUCCAAGAAAAAUCUUGAUGUGAUAGGCCCCUUACAAAAGAUAGCAAAAUCGUCCAUUGCGCAAAUUGGAUUCUUUCAUAAUGGCAUCAACCUAGCAACCACAAAGAUCCAAAAAGGAAUCAUUCGUACCAAUUGUAUUGAUUGUCUUGACAGAACCAAUGCUGCUCAGUUUAUCACUUGCAAGGAGGCGCUAUAUUAUCAAUUAAGUAGUUUGGGGUAUAUUCCCGAGGGGAAACUGCUUGAAUAUGAUUCAGAUUUGAUUAAUAUUCUUACUGAAAUGUUCCAUGACCAUGGAGAUACUAUAGCCAUCCAAUAUGGUGGUUCAAACUUGGUAAAUACAAUGGACUCGUACAGAAGAAUCAACCAAUGGUCUUCACAUACAAGAGAUGUAUUGAAUAGUGUCAAAAGAAUGUAUUCAAACUCGUUUAUGGAUCUGAUCCGGCAAGAGGCAAUAAACCUAUUUUUAGGGAAUUAUGUUUAUGAUCCAAGCAAGCCCAAACUUUGGGAGCUUCAGAAUGAUUACCAUUUACACAAUGACGCAUCAAACGUUAAUAUAAGAAGCAAAAGAAGCUAUGUUCAUUGGUAUAACGACUCUUACUUAUCAGAUAAUAGAUUUUAUGUGGACCUUUAUGAUGUUGUUCAUGGUUUGGAAAAGCUUAUGCCUUAUCCAGAAUACAAUGAUAAUUGGUUUAACGAAUUCUAUAUGCCACGAAGGUAUCAAGCAUUGAAAGAUGUGUUCCAGUAUAACAUGAAUUCCAAUACUAGAUAUUUCCCCAGUACCGUCAAUGAUGAUACGAACUUUGAGUAUAGUCCAUUUGAAUCUCGAAAACCAAUUUUAAAAUCGAAUAACGAAAUGAGCGAUGGAGAAGCUUUGUAUAAUUCCAAAGAUCAUUCUGAAGUUGGAGGUAGGGGAGUUGAAGAGAAGAAAGCUGACAAAAGUGUUGAAAAGUUGGGAGGCAGAUUUGACAAGCAGAUGCAAAUGAUAUUACCUAAUAACUACCAGGGUUUAGAUUCAUAUGGAAACACUAGCUCACAUCAAACUCUAUCUCAAAGUAAAGAGGAUAAUGCAAUACAAAACAUAGGUGUUAGUGAGAAAGAUGCGGACAUAUACUACGAGCAAGUUGAGAUUGGCAAACUUUUGAAUCAACAAGCAAACCGGGCUCAAUGGAGGUAUAGGCCUAAACCCAUGCGUAUGUCGGAAGACGAUUGCAAGGUGUAUCGAUUUUUUACUUCCUAUUCUAGCUCCCUGGAUAUCUAUAAUGAUAGUGGUUUACUCAACACUGCAUCUGCGACUGCAAAUUCCCAAGACUUAAAAAUAUACGCCAAUUAUCUUGGUAUGGAUCGAGAUGCCAUAUUUGAACUAAAUGCUGAAGAUGACUACUUUAGAUAA